AGCAAACUAUUGCAGAUUCUCUGUACAAAAUUCACCGACUCAACGGCGAGAGAGACGUAGACAGCAAUCGAAAUGGACACUGCACAAGCAGCGCCGACUGGAUGCUUCAAAUGCGGGCGCCCAGGCCACUGGUCGCGCGACUGCCCUGAUUCAAAUCCUAAUACUAACCCUAACCCCGACCCUGUUGCUAAUUCUAAAUUUAGCAAUCUCAGCAAUUCGAAUUCUUCUAGAUCGUUUCCUUUCAAGCCCAGUAAUGGCGAUUCGAAGCCUAAAUCGGAGAAACCUAAGAAGGUGCCCAGAACAAGGCCAAAACUCACCCCUGAGAUUCUUCUAGGCGACGAUGGCCUGGGCUAUGUUCUUCGCCAUUUUCCUCGCAAUUUUAAGUAUCGUGGCCGCGGACAUGAGGUAAGCGAUUUAGGAAAUCUGAUUCGCUUAUACAGUGAAUGGCACUCCCGCUUGCUGCCUUAUUAUUCGUUUGAUCAAUUUGUACAUAAGACGGAACAAGUUGCUGCCACCAGACAUGUAAAGAUGUGCCUCAGAGAGUUAAGAGAAAGAGUUGCCAGUGGAGGGGAUCCAACAAAGUUCAAUGAAUUACCUACUGAACAUGUUGGUCCAAACCUUGAACAAGAUCAUUCAACUCCUGCUGAAGCUGUAGGGCUGAAUCAGACGGGAGGUCAAUUUUUGAGGGACCAUGAUGUAAAUGUUAUGCAAGAAGAUAUGCUCCAUGAGAUUUAUGAUAGAGCUACUCAAGAACCUCAGAGUAGCAUGGAGCCACCAACUGAAAGCUUGUCUAAUGAAGUUGUGAUUACAGAUGAACAGAAAGCACGAAUGGAAGCUAACCGGUUGAAGGCACUAGAAAGAGCUGCAGCUCGAGCACGCUCAUUGCAGUCAAGUUGAUUUUCAUGUUUAAGCAUUUAACUAUGUAUAAAAGUGGCUCAAAUGGAUGUGUUAAAAAGGGUUUAACUAUUACAAACUUCCAAUUACUUAUUGUUCUCAAAAUGAUUAUUUUAAAUUCUUAAUCCAUAAGAAUUCCAUAAACGAAUCUAUCAGAUAGAAGUGAAUGCCCAUGUGUACAAUUUGAUACA